AUGGCUUCUCAAAUGGAUGAGCGUGAGAUGAAAGCGCCUGCAGGAGAUGAGGGAAGUACUCCGCCAAAGCGUAUUUGUACAGAUGGAAACAAAGAUGGCGAAAAGGACAUGCAAAAAACAAUUGAAUUAAAACGCUUGGAAAUGUUAGCGAUGCAAAAUCACGCGUUACUUAAUGACUUCCUUGCCGUGUUGCUGUCAAAUAAGAACUCGGAUUUGGAUACUCAGCCAGGAAAUUCGGCUUCAGGUACCGGUAGUGAUGGAGCAGGUGGCAAUCCAGGGAAUCCUCAUGGUAAAGAUCAGUCGCGUAAGCGGCGGGAAAUGUUGGCGAUGCUAAUGCAAUCGGUACUUAAUGACUUCCUUGCCGUGUUGCUGUCAAAUAAGAACUCGGAUUUGGAUACUCAGCCAGGAAAUUCGGCUUCAGGUACCGGUAGUGAUGGAGCAGGUGGCAAUCCAGAAAAUCCUCAUGGUAAAGAUCAGUCGCGUAAGCGGCGGGAAAUGUUGACGAUGCAAACACAAUCGUUAGUUAAUAAACUACUUGCCGUGUUGCUGUCAAAUAAGAACUCGGAUUUGGAUACUCAGCCAGGAAAUUCGGCUUCAGGUACCGGUAGUGAUGGAGUAGGUGGCAAUCCAGGGAAUCCUCAUGGUAAAGAUCAGUCGCGUAAGCGGCUGGAAAUGUCGACAAGGAAGAAGCUCGGGCAACUUCUUGACUCGAUUGCCGCUUUCGUGUCAUAUAGGAAAUCGGACUUGGCUAGUCCACCAGAGAAAUCACCUUCAGGUACUGGUAGUGACGGAGCAGAUGAUAAUCAGGACGCUCAUCAUGGUAUAGAUCAGUUGCAGAAACUGGCGGAAAAUACGUUGAUGAUUAAUCAAUCGUUACUUAUAGACCUACAUGCAGCUGCGCUGAUAGAUAAGAACUCGGACUUGGCUAGUCCACCAGAGACAUCGCCUUCAGAUAACGGUCCUGAUGGAGCAGAUGAUAAUCAAGACGAUACACAUGCUAAAGAUAAGCUUCCGCCUCAAGACUCACAUGACUCCAGAGAAAAAUGA